AGAAGGAACUAUAAGCAGAGAGGGACGAGGAAAAUGGCGAGGAUAUGCAGGCGCGCAAGCCUUGUUGAUAAUCCACCACGUGGCCUCAGGCACACAAACACUUGGCGCUCCGAUGGAUUCCCUCUGGCUGUGGGCUGUGGCGGAGUGAAAUACUAUUCAGUCUGAUAAUAGCGUCCUUCACGCACCACCUCCCGCUAAAGCUUGCAGCAAUGGAUACUCCUGUGAACAGCCGCUCCUCGUCAAUGGCCAAGCGUCCCUGUCCUCCCCCAAACCAGAACCCUAGAUUUCAAAACCUCAACCAGGUGGAUCAGCUCCUCGAAGAUUUCCUCCGCCUUUCCGAAUUCCCUUCCCUCUCCCUGGAUCUCUCCUUGGAGAGGCUUCUCUCUUCAUUGCCCACCGAUGCCGAUCAGACCAUUCUCAUCAAUCGCGCCCUUCAUAUGGGAUCCAUGCUUCUUGAUGCUGCCAAGCACUCUUCCCGAAAGCGAGCCUCCAAGCACAAUUCUUUUGUUUGGCCCCUCCCUCCUGACCUUACCGUCAAAGUGUUUUCUUUGCUUGAUACCCAGAGCCUAUGCUAUGCAGCAGCUACUUGUUCUAUGUUCAACAAAUGUGCCAGGGAUCCUUUGUGCUAUGAAAACAUUGAUUUGACAACACUUGUUCCCAAGGUUAACAAUGCAGUAGUUUCCACGAUGAUUCAGCGAGCUGGAAAGGCCUUAAGGUCUCUUAGGCUCGGUGUAGUUGCUGGUGCUCACGCAUCGCCAGGAUCCUGUCAGCCAUUGGUUUAUACCAUCAGAAAUGCCAUCGUGGAUGUAUCUAACUUUUCAUGGAAUGACAAGAGAUCUCGGCAAGGGAGAGAGUCAUCCAUUCUUACUAGAUCCUGUUUAAGCCCUUUAAACGGAUGUGGUGGUGCUCCAGGGACUCUUCUGAGAAAGUUGCACUUGUACAAUAUUGAAAGAAUCGACAAUGCAUCCCUUUGUGCGGCAUUAGCGGCCUGCCCUUCUCUACUUGACCUGGAAAUAGUUGGACUUCAUGUAGAACUGAGGCAAACAUUAAUGACAGUGAGUACGAACUGCCACUUGAUUGAGCGUUUGUUUUUUGAGUCUUCAAAAACAGGCAGAGAUGACAGUUUGAAAACGCCAACCUGCAUUCUUCUUGUUAACAGUUGUCCCCAUCUAAUUUCUUUGUCCCUUAGAGGGUUUAAGUUACAUGAUUGUAAAGUCCGUAUACUGCUUAAGGGAUUUCAGAAACUAAAAUAUGUUGAUUUUUCAACAUCCUAUUCAAUCACUGGAAACUUUUUAAGAAACCUUGGAAGUAGCAAUGGAGGGAAUUCACUUGAGGUAUUGAUUUUGAGGGACUGCAUGCAUCUGAAAGAGGUGGAAGUUGCUAGAUUGUUGACGUCAAUUCUCGCAGGAGAUUUCAAAUGUCUUGUACAUCUUGACAUAUCCAAUAGGGAAGGCUUAGCAUCUGAUGGGGACUGGUAUCACAGGUGCUACAACUCUAGUAUCAUGCCUCUUAAGCAUGUUUUGGAAGCAAGGCCUGAUUUGUGUUUGCUGGCUGAAUAUCCAUCAGAAGGAAGUUACAUUGAGACAUUUUAUGCUGAACUGAAUGGUGAUAUGAGUUUUCCAUUACAAUUGAGCAGCCAUACCUCAGAUGAAAUAAAUUGUUUGAGUACAUCUGAAAGCAGCUACAAUAGUGAUCAGGGCAGUGGCAAUGAGGAUGGUCAAGAAGCCAGCUAUGUGAUUUGUGAGGAAAGUUCAGAUGAGACAGACUUUCUGGCCCUGUAGGGGAUUCUCAACGUAUGGCAUUAAUUGAAGAGGACAAUAAUUUAGGGAACUAGGUACUAUCUUUCACUUUCUCUGUGUGCUGAAAAUGAAAUGGUCAUGUGAGUUGUGGACAGGUUCACAUUGUUUUGUUGGUUGAUUUUUGGCCACCAUUAAUUAGAAGUUUGAUGUGCCUUGACUAUGUUAUAGACAUUAUUGAUGGAAGGUAUAUCCAGGAAAAAAUGAGUUGUUCUGCUGAGUGCCAUACUAUUUCUUGGUUUCUAUCUCUGCAUGCAUGCUUCUAUCCUCUUCAAUGAGGCUCUCGCAAUUCACGUAUUAUGAGGAAACUGGAAUAGUAUUUGGUACUAUCUGAUUCAUCAAGAAUAAAUGUACAACUUUGAUGCUUCAAAACUCCGUUGAGUUUGCAGUGUUUUUUCGCUCAGAAUUCAAUGCGUUUUACUUUCUUUACCUAAUGUUUGUAAUUUAUGUUUUAUGUACAUACUAGGGAAGCAGAAGAGCAAUAAGGAUAUGGAGUAUGGACUUCUGGGUAUUGAAUUCUUGCAACUUUACUUUUGUUCUGGCCUACAAUGAAAUUGAUAUUCGUUUGAUCUUGGAAUCUGCAGGAUGUUUGGAGUUUAGAUCCAGUUUUAUAGCCGGCAGUUGUUCCUUAUGUGGAAAUGUAAAUUUUCUGCCGCAGUGGAGCCUGGUUCUCUCCGUUGCACGCCUCUCCAAUAAUCCUCCCCCCUCAGUUCAUCGUGUUUAUUGAAGACACCUUCUAGUAUCUAUUUCUGGUGUCCUUCUGUCGCUUAAUGAGAAAUGUGGAAAGUAAUAUGUUUAUGCAUAUAUUCAAGAGCGCAGGAGAGGGAGAGAGUGUGUUUUUGUGCCUUGCUCCCUUUAUGUUAUGGCAGGCGCAAAGUAUGAAGGGAUUUGUCCCUCGUGGUAAAAUAAAAUUAGAAAGGGUUUUGAGACUGAGCAGAUUGGCUAUAAAAUUUUUUAUGAGCAGGUAUCUAUUGUCAGCGAAUGUAUAUGCUUGGACCUACAUGCAUGCAACCACCUUCAUGUUAUUCUCUGUAAGAGAGAUUGUUUGAAGUGUAUUUUAUUUUCCUGAGUUUGUUUCUGGCUGAUAGCUCAAUGUUUUAAAUUUUUUUAGGAAAAAAAUUGUUGGAAAGGUCAUCCUUUAUUAAUCGAGUUUUAUGCUAAUGGCUAUGAAUUCGUUGCCAAAGGCAUAUUUCACUACAUUCUGAAAUCGGAAGAAGGCUGAUCAAAUAAGUGGGGGAUUUUCUAAGUAUAUACUGGGCCCGUGUCGAGUUCCAAGUUGAAGAUCAAGCUUCAUGUCCUGAAGCAUGGAAGCUGUCUCUGAGAGAACUAAGCUUUGUAUGUCAAAUGUCAGACGGGAAACUCCUUAUUUGGGCUUUCAUCUCUUAAUGCUUAUGGUUGGGGGCAGCUAGAAUUUGAAACGUGCGAGGAUGGUGGAAUAGAAGUUUGUUUGAUUAAUCAGGAAUGGCGCUACCCUACAUCUCCCUUUGAAAAGAUAGUUGAAUUGGGCUGCAUUCCUCAUGAGGCAGAAGCUAGUGGGCAGACUCAAGAAAUGGCAAGAGUUUGAGAGAGGAUGGUUCAAGUCCAGAGAGCUUCUGUAGCAUAGGUUAUACGGGUUUUUUGCGGUGUGUUGAUUAGGGACGAGAAUUGCUUGUGGAUUUCGGUCUUCGCAGAAGGCUAGAAUAAAUGUUUCGUCCACAAGUCUAAGGGUUUGUUUGUUUUCUAUUUUUAAAAAUUAUUUUUGGUUUUAAAAAACAAGAAAAUUUAAAAACAUGUUUGCUUAA